GGGGCUGCUGUUAACUUGUCCCUCAGUGAACGAUGGCGUCGUCUUCCAACAACACUGCUGGCGCGAACAAUCAGAAUGUGAACUACAAUUCUACAGUGGAAGCCGCUGCACAGAAUCUUAUUACUGUGCUCACUCAGAAUCUUUCUCAGGGACAGCACCAGGCAGCACAGGGAGUAAGGCAGGAACAGGGACCUCCCUCUGUAGAUCAAGAGAUGGCAAGAUCUUUCCCUGGUUUCUUUGGAAAAAAAAGUUUUCUUGGAAAACGAAAGAUGCAUAAUCCAAGGAUCCCUGUGACACCACCUUUUAAAGCAUGGAAGCCUUUCAGUUUCUAUGUGUACUUGCUGAACUGUAAUGCAGUAACAACACCUACCUCCUCUGAGGAAUUUCAGCUUGCACAGGCAGGACUGGGUAAAAGACAUCUCACAAUGUCCAGGGACAUGAACCAUGAAGAGUUAUUUGGACUUCUUCAAAGUGAAUAUCCUAAAAUGCAGGGUCUGACUGGAGGAUGGUUGCUCUACAAGGCUACAGGUGGUCAGGGUAAAAGGAAACUGACACUGGUCCCUCCUGAUUCUGAAGGUUACACAGGGACCCUAAUACGCAGUAUGACAGGAAAUGGGAAAAACUUGCUGUAUAUAGUACCUUUACAGCAAGAAUUUGACCUUACUCCAUUACCUCCUGAUGCAGUUGAAUUUAAAAAUAUGCCCAAAGCACAAUGCCAAACAUGCAAAGUAAGUCUGCCAUUGCAUAUUUUGGCUCUUCAUGUGCAGGAGUGCACAGAGUCUGGGUCUUCAGCUGAAGACACAGAGGCAUGUCAAACCGAGGUCCAAAUAGUGUCCGUGCAGCCUUCUGAAGAGCACACCGACACAGAGGAAUUGGAUGAAGAAGUAAUAUCUUAA